AUGAUGCCUCUGAACAGGAAAACUUCAUUAGAGCCACCACUGGAUGGAGAGAGCAAAUGCCUCGAGAGCCAGGAGAAAUCCCAUGAUAAGGAAGUCUUGAGGCACAGGGACAGCUGCUCCCUGAACUGCACACCUAAAGUUAAACCUGGCAUGCAGACUGCUUUUCGCUCAACCUCACACACUCCUGCCCUCAAGGCUGACCAUUUACUCUUCGUCUUCCCACUGCUGCCACCCUCCCGGACCUUCCAGCGUCCCACCAGUGCUCCUGGGGCAGGAUGGAGCCCUUGCAGCCUGCGGCACAGGUGGGCACGGAGUGCGAGCUGCCGCCCUCACUCGCCCCUUCGCCACUGCCCCCGACAGCACUGCCCGAGCCGCACAAACCUCACAGAGGUGAGGGGGACCCGAGGGGGGCUGCCCUCCACACCCCGCGGCCCAAACGCCGCCGUCCCUCCGGGAGGGAGCGCUGAGAGCUGCCCCGCAGAGCCCCGGCGGCCACAAGGAGCCGGCCCGGCGCUGCCGGGGUCCCGCUGCCGCUCCAAUCCGCACCUCCCCCAGCUAAAACACCCUUUUCUCCGAGCGGGACACGAGGGCCGAACCCCGCAUCCCCCCGCAUCCCCGGGCUCACCUCGGCCGAGAGCGCGGCUCCGUCCCGCAGCGCCAGCGCCGCCCCCGCCGCCGGACCGGACCGGACCGGACCGAGAUGCCCCUCCCGGGGCCGCCCCUCAGGACAGGUCUGAAGAGGAGGCACUGCUGCAGGAGGAGCCAGGAGGCAGAGAAGAGGCACCAAGGGUUGUUGAUGUGCAGCAGCUGGUGCCCGUGGGGGGUGUGUACCACAUCGAUGCCCUGCAGUUGCCACCCCAGGCCCAGGACGUUGGGGACUGGAGCAUGGUGGAGCUUCAGGAUGUUGGAUUGGAGGUGUAUCCAUAUUCCCCAGGAGAGGCUGAAGAUGGCACACAGGAAGCAGUAGAGAUAACCCUGAGGCUUCCUGAUAAUGUGAUUUAUUUUAAAGUGCCCAUGGUAGCCCGAUGGGAGCCUGCAGGCCAGCAGUGGAGAGCUGAUGGUAUCAACAACAUAACCUAUAAGGCAGAAGAAAAGAGCAUCACCUUUAGGAUGGGUGCCUUUUAUACAGUAGCACUUCUCCAGGAUGCUCACCUGAACCUGCCCUGUCAGGCCUGGGAAUUGCACCCCACUGGUGUGGAUGAAGGACUCUUCACAGUUACUGCAGUCUUUGCAACCAUUCAGAUACAAAUUAAGGAUAACCAGUGUAUGUUGUCUUCAGUAGUGGUGGAAGAAGAGAAGGUACUUUCCCACAUCACAGGAAAAUGGAUGAGUCCUUUUGCCCUCAGAGAAGCUUUGAAAAGAGCUGGAGUGAACAUUUUCCCAGCAGAGUACUCUCCUGAGUAUGUGCCUGUGCCCAGGAAGGCUGCCCUGGCAGAAGUCAAGGCCUAUGAACAGAUGGCUCUGCUUGCAGCUGCUUUUGCUCACAGCAAGUGGAAUGGAGAAGCAGGGCCAGAACGAGUUGUGUUCAAGGUAAGUGAACAUCUUACAGCAGGUUCUGCCAAAGACAAGGUCUGGUCUCUUUAUAUGUUAAGUGGUGAGAAAGUACAAAACCUCAGGCUCACUGAAACCAGUGAAGCUUUUUCAGAAGAGCUGGAAGAAGAGUCUGAAUUUCACUCCACACUCUACCAUAUGCUCAAGGAUUCUGCCAGCAAGGAAGCCAUGGGUAAAGUGGAAAGAGCUGGUUUCCUGUUUAUUGAUUCUGUGUAUCAGCUGCUCCUUGCUACCAGAGUUCUAGCAUACUCUUAG